UGUGUAUCUAAAAUCUACUCGUGGGUGUUCAUAUAAUUUCGACCAAUCAAAACUGAGAUUGUUUUGUUAGAAAAGAUGGCGGAUGAGGAGAGAGACCCUACUUGCAACCCUGUAGAGCCUUUACUACAGCAUGCUGAGUAUAAGCCCUAUCCCACUCAACCAAAUUACCCAACACAGUCCAACUUUGAGGGGCAUGGACACAGUCACAGCCAUGAACCUGUCAAUCAUCCACCAGCCCCGCCUACCACUGAGCCUGAAGACACUUCAGCAUGGGAUAUAGUAAAAGCAACACAGUAUGGUGUAUAUGACAGAUGUGUGGAGCUGAUUGAGGCUGGGCAUGAUGUAAACCAACCAGAUGCGGAGAAUGUCACUCUCUUACACUGGGCAGCAAUCAACAAUAGGCAAGAUAUUGUCAAGUACUACAUGAACAAGGGUGCCAUAAUAGAUAAGCUAGGAGGAGAUUUGAACUCUACCCCUCUACACUGGGCUACAAGGCAGGGGCACCUACCCAUGGUUGUGCUGCUGAUAUCAUAUGGUGCUGACCCAUCUUUGAGAGAUGGAGAAGGUUGUAGCUGUAUUCACCUUGCUGCCCAGUUUGGCUUCACUGCAAUAGUUGCGUACCUUAUAGCCAAGGGACAAGAUGUGGAUAUGCAGGAUAAAAAUGGCAUGACUGCACUCAUGUGGAGUGCAUACAGGGUGUUUAAUCCUGACCCCACAAGGCUACUGCUGACAUUCAAUGCUACAGUAAAUCUCGGUGACAAGUUCCACAAAAACACGGCCCUCCAUUGGGCCGCUCUCUCUGGCAACCAUGUUGUAGUUUCACUUCUCAUACAAGAAGGUGCUAGUCUAGUCUCAAAAAAUGACAAGGAUGAGUUAGCCUUGGACAUAGCUAAUCAGAAAAAACAUUUUUGGAUCUCACAGAAGAUACAGAGUGCCAGAAUCCUGAAGGGAAUUGACCAAACAAAGAUGUUACAGUCUAUUACGUCUAAUAAGACCUUACGGCGGAGAGUGAUGCAAGGUUUUCCAUUUGUCGUCUUCUUUCUGAUUGGCUUCAUCUGUGAGCUGGACGCCACCUGGUGGUUAAAACUACUUAUGUUUGGUUUCAUGACACUCGGAAUGCGAGUUGUUGGAAAAACUUUCUUCGAUCCAACAGCCUACUCGCUGGUCAUGCCCGUCGCCCUUUAUUUGACCACCAAAUUCUGGAUGUACUUUACCUGUAUUGAUACCAUGUUUUUAACGUACAACUUCGUCAAGUGCUGGAAGAUAGACCCUGGUACCAUCAAAACCACUAGGGACGAGAAAAUAAGGGCAGUUCUUGAGAUGUCAGAACUACAGAUGUUUGACAUGACUCAAUUCUGCAGUACAUGUCUGAUUAGACGCCCUCUGAGGUCUAAACACUGCUCUAUAUGUAACAAAUGUAUAGCCAGGUUUGACCACCAUUGUCCCUGGGUGGACAAUUGUAUUGGGGAGAGGAACCAUAAAUACUUCUUAGGAUACCUGUUCUUUCUGUUUAUUGCCCUGAUGUACUGCAUGUAUGGUUGUGCAUCAUAUUGGCAUUUUACCUGCUUGGCGCAUUCUGUUGAUGAGAGCUAUAUGGUUAUACUUGGCAAAAUAAUGUCCUGCUCACCAUGGGUGUUCUGGAUUGCCUUCAAUACAGGUCUACAUUUAUUCUGGAUCGGAGCUCUUCUUGGAUUCCAGCUUUACCAGAUCAUGUGGGUUGGUGCGACAACAAAUGAGAAGAUGAAUAUGCCUCGUUACAAACAUUUCCACACGUCCAAGCAAGGUGUCUACAAUAGUCCCUUCCAUCGAGGAGUGAUACAGAAUCUCAUUGAUAUUUUGGGAUGGCGGUGUCUGGGUCUGUGUAGGCCAGAUAAAACGGACUGGUAUCGUACGUAUGCUGACUCUAACACAAAUGCUAUCACAACAAAACCGAAAUCCCUGGCAAGAGAUAACUACCAGUUUGUGUAACAAUACUUUGUAUUAGUAAAACCUCUGUGUACUCUCAAGCAAAGACACAAAAAACAGGGACUGUGCAGUGGACUGUAUACUAUUAGAUAUUUAGUGUUACAGGCUUACAAAAUGAUUGAUUUACAGACACGUUUGGUCUACAGUCUACAAUCACCUUUGUACUGUCCUGUCCUCUGUGUGAACAUGUGAUUAUCAGAAAAUGUUUAAACUAUAACAUAGCAAAUGAGUAAAUGAAUAUUUAGCAAAUCUUUGUUAAAUCUUUGAUUCUACAUUAACCUUGAAUUUAGUGUGUCCUUUAUGUUUGUUCUAUAUUGCCAUUAUGAAUCUUUGGAAUAUCAACAAUGACACUGCAUUUUAUGAUAGCUAGGAACUUUUUAGGGAUCAUGCAAAAAGUGUUUGUGAGACAAUUGAGGGUGUAUCUUUUACACACUGUUUUUGUGAAUAAUUAAGCAGUAGGAAUUAGAUUUUAGGGAUCUGACAUUUCUCCAGAAUUUUUUUUUCUGAACUGUGUUUUCUGAUUAAUCUUGAUCUAAAAAUGACUGUUAACAUGGUAAAGGAUUGGUCCUCCACAGAGAAUUAUAUAUUGUCUGUGAGGUUGGAGGAAUGAAUUCAGUUCUUGAUAUUAAUUCACUUUUUGAUAAACAUUUGUGUUUUGACAUGCUCCCUAAUAUGUCUGAGCUGAGCAUACUUAUCAGAAAAAACGAGUUCAUUUACACUGAUGUACUUAUUUGACUGAUAAAGUACUCUUUUGAAGAAGUACUUAAUAGUUCAAUAU